UCUGACAAUAGGGGCGGGGAAGCAGCGCGCGCGCGCGGGGGACACACAGGUCCUUGCCUGGCUCCGGAGAGGCGCGCGAGGAAGCGGCCGGAGAGCGCUGCGGGCCGGCGGAGGCGCGAGCGGGACCCUCCCGGCUUCCUUGCAGCGGGAGGGCGAGGAGAGGAGCCGUUCUAGUUUGUAGCAGCUGUCGCAGAAGAUGUCCAACAAUGGGCUAGAAGCAGAAGACAAGCCGCCCGCUCCCCCGAUGAGGAAUACCAGCACCAUGAUGAGCACUGGCAACAAAGACGUGGGCACCUUAAACCAUGGCUCGAAACCUUUGCCUCCCAACCCGGAAGAGAAGAAAAAGAGGGACCGCUUUUAUCGCUCCAUCUUGCCGGGAGACAAAACCAACAAAAAGAAGGAGAAAGAGCGACCGGAAAUCUCCCUCCCUUCAGACUUUGAACACACGAUUCAUGUUGGAUUUGAUGCCGUCACAGGCGAAUUCACAGGCAUGCCGGAGCAAUGGGCCCGCUUGCUACAGACCUCCAACAUCACCAAAUCGGAGCAGAAGAAGAACCCUCAGGCGGUCCUUGACGUGCUAGAAUUCUACAAUUCCAAAAAGACCUCCAACAGCCAGAAGUACAUGAGCUUCACAGAUAAAUCUGCAGAAGAUUAUAGCUCCUCUAACACACUGAAUGUGAAGGCAGUGUCCGAGACCCCUGCUGUCCCCCCGGUUUCUGAAGAUGAGGAUGACGAGGAUGAUGCUGCCCCUCCCCCGGUCAUUGCCCCUCGGCCCGAGCACACAAAAUCCAUAUAUACUCGAUCUGUGAUAGAGCCCCUUCCUCCAGCCCCAACCAGAGACGUGGCCACCUCUCCGCCUCCCAGCUCUCCGCUCCCCUCUCCUUCCGAAAUCAACAUGACACCCCCCGAUACACUGACGAGGAAUGCAGAGAAACCGAAGAAGAAACCCAAAAUGACCGAUGAAGAGAUCUUGGAAAAACUAAGAGGUAUAGUCAGCGUGGGCGACCCCAAGAAGAAAUAUACAAGCUUUGAGAAGAUCGGGCAAGGAGCUUCAGGUACCGUUUACACAGCAAUGGAUGUCGCUACAGGGCAGGAGGUGGCAAUCAAACAGAUGAAUUUGCAGCAGCAGCCCAAGAAAGAGCUGAUCAUAAAUGAAAUCCUCGUCAUGAGGGAAAACAAGAACCCCAAUAUCGUCAACUACCUGGACAGUUACCUCGUAGGGGAUGAGCUGUGGGUAGUCAUGGAGUAUUUGGCAGGCGGUUCGUUGACAGACGUGGUGACGGAGACCUGCAUGGAUGAAGGGCAGAUAGCCGCUGUGUGCCGGGAGUGUCUUCAGGCGUUGGAAUUCCUCCACUCCAACCAGGUCAUCCACAGGGAUAUCAAGAGUGACAACAUUUUGCUUGGGAUGGACGGCUCUGUCAAGCUAACCGACUUUGGCUUCUGUGCUCAGAUCACCCCCGAGCAGAGCAAGCGGAGCACCAUGGUGGGGACGCCGUAUUGGAUGGCUCCAGAGGUGGUGACGAGGAAAGCCUACGGGCCCAAGGUGGACAUCUGGUCCCUGGGGAUAAUGGCGAUUGAAAUGAUAGAGGGGGAGCCCCCGUACCUCAACGAGAACCCCCUGAGGGCUUUGUAUCUCAUUGCUACCAACGGGACCCCGGAGCUACAGAAUCCAGAGAAGCUGUCGCCCAUAUUUAGAGACUUUCUGAACCGUUGCCUUGAGAUGGACGUGGAGAAGAGGGGGUCUGCUAAAGAACUCCUCCAGCACCAGUUCCUGAAAAUUGCCAAGCCGCUCUCAAGUCUCACUCCUUUGAUUGUCGCAGCAAAAGAAGCAGCAAAGAACAACCACUGAAAAUUUGACGCAGCUGCACCGGUCGUGCCGAGUCCUCUUGAUUUUAAUUUUCUUUUUAAAACAAACGAAACCACGAUGAUUUCAAAGAACUCGAUUUUUAGUACUUUCACCGUGCCCGGAGAACUUUUAAUCUUGCAAGGGUCGGGAUUGAAAAAUCGAUUUGCGUCGAAGUCUCAAAGUAGACCAGUGGUAGAGACAUAGCUCUAAAACUGUGACCUCGCACUUGGAACGGGCGAGGAUUUGGACAUUUGAAAGGGUCGUUAAGAGACAGUCUGAUCACGACCGACAUGUUGACAAGCCAGUAUGUUUCCUUAUCUUUUAAUGUGCCGAUUUCAGAAAUGGGGCCGGGGGGAGGGGGGGAAUUACACGGAGCCUUUUUAGAAGACAUUCUUUUUCCUUAGGGGUUACAUUUCUCGCUGCCUGGACUUUCUGUUGUUAAACUACUGAAAGGCUGGCCCGCUUUGGAUUACUUGAAAGCUAGGACAGGCAAAAGCAGAAAUCUGGACCGCUUUUAUCAUCUCAAGGGAAGUGGUGUUUCUUCCUGUGAACCACCGGACAUUUGGACGUGUGUGUGCAUGCGCCGGAGAAGACGCUGAAAUAGUUAGAAGGAGCACCCUGCAUCUAUCGGAAGACGACGUUAAUGAAUGAUCACCAUGCUGUGUGUUUGAUUUGUUGUGUGUGAAGCUACUUGCCCUCUGAUUAAAUUCACAUAGCUGUUUCCACCCU